CCCACUGCCGAGGGGCCGGACCGGGCCACCGCGGAUAUAAAAGAGCCGGCAUCCCAGAGCUGCCGCAGUGCUGCCCGCCCCGUCCCGGCCCCGCACUCCCGCUCCGCCGGCGGCCGCACCUGCUCCGGCCAUGAUGAGCUUCGGCAGCGCCGAUGCGCUGCUGGGCGCCCCGUUCGCGCCGCUGCACGGAGGAGGCAGCCUGCACUACGCGCUGAGCCGCAAGGCAGGCGCGGGCGGCACGCGCUCCGCGGCCGGCUCCUCCAGCGGCUUCCACUCGUGGGCGCGGACGUCCGUGAGCUCCGUGUCCGCCUCACCCAGCCGCUUCCGCGGCGCCGGCGCCGCCUCGAGCACCGACUCGCUAGACACCCUAAGCAACGGCCCAGAGGGCUGCGUGGUGGCGGCGGUGGCGGCGCGCAGCGAGAAGGAGCAGCUGCAGGCUCUGAACGACCGCUUCGCGGGCUACAUCGACAAGGUGAGGCAGCUCGAGGCGCACAACCGCAGCCUGGAGGGCGAGGCGGCGGCGCUGCGGCAGCAGCAAGCCGGCCGCGCCGCCAUGGGCGAGCUGUACGAGCGCGAGGUGCGGGAGAUGCGCGGCGCCGUGCUGCGCCUCGGGGCGGCGCGCGGGCAGCUGCGCCUGGAGCAGGAGCACCUGCUGGAGGACAUCGCGCACGUCCGCCAGCGGCUGGACGAGGAGGCCCGGCAGCGCGAGGAGGCGGAGGCGGCGGCGCGCGCCCUGGCGCGCUUCGCGCAGGAGGCGGAAGCGGCGCGCGUGGAGCUGCAGAAGAAGGCGCAGGCGCUGCAGGAGGAGUGCGGCUACCUGCGGCGCCACCACCAGGAGGAGGUGGGCGAGCUGCUCGGUCAGAUCCAGGGCUGCGGGGCCGCGCAGGCGCAGGCUCAGGCCGAGGCUCGCGACGCCCUCAAGUGCGAUGUGACGUCGGCGCUGCGGGAGAUCCGCGCGCAGCUCGAAGGCCACGCGGUGCAGAGCACUCUGCAGUCCGAGGAGUGGUUCCGAGUGAGGUUGGACCGACUCUCAGAAGCAGCCAAAGUGAACACAGAUGCUAUGCGCUCAGCCCAAGAGGAGAUAACUGAGUACCGGCGGCAGUUGCAGGCCAGGACCACAGAGCUGGAGGCCCUGAGAAGCACCAAGGAGUCACUGGAGAGGCAGCGCUCUGAGCUAGAGGACCGUCACCAGGCAGACAUUGCCUCCUACCAGGACGCUAUUCAGCAGUUGGACAGUGAGCUGAGAAACACCAAGUGGGAGAUGGCUGCGCAGCUCCGAGAGUACCAGGACCUGCUCAACGUCAAGAUGGCCCUGGACAUUGAGAUUGCCGCUUACAGAAAGCUCCUGGAAGGUGAAGAGUGUCGGAUUGGCUUUGGUCCGAGUCCCUUCUCUCUUACUGAGGGACUCCCCAAAAUUCCCUCCACGUCCACGCACAUAAAAGUCAAAAGCGAGGAGAUGAUAAAGGUAGUAGAGAAAUCUGAGAAGGAAACUGUGAUUGUAGAGGAACAGACAGAAGAGAUCCAGGUGACGGAAGAAGUGACGGAAGAGGAGGACAAAGAGGCCCAAGGUGACGAAGGAGAAGAGGCAGAAGAGGGAGAAGGAAAAGAAGAAGAGGAAGAAGAAGCAACAUCUCCCCCUGCAGAAGAGGCUGCAUCUCCAGAAAAAGAAACCAAGUCUCCUGUGAAAGAAGAGGCCAAGUCCCCAGCUGAGGCCAAAUCUCCAGCUGAGGUCAAGUCCCCAGGUGAGGCCAAGUCCCCAGGUGAGGCCAAGUCACCAGCUGAGGCCAAAUCUCCAGCUGAGGUCAAGUCACCAGGUGAGGCCAAGUCCCCAGCUGAGGCCAAGUCACCAGCUGAGGCCAAGUCACCAGCUGAGGUCAAGUCACCAGCUGAGGUCAAGUCCCCAGCUGAGGCCAAGUCACCAGCUGAGGCCAAAUCUCCAGCUGAAGCUAAGUCACCAGCUGAGGCCAAAUCUCCAGCCACAGUGAAGUCCCCAGGUGAGGCCAAGUCUCCAGCUGAGGCCAAAUCUCCAGCUGCAGUGAAGUCCCCAGCUGAGGCCAAAUCUCCAGCUGAGGCCAAGUCCCCAGCUGAGGCCAAAUCUCCAGCUGCAGUGAAGUCCCCAGCUGAGGCCAAAUCUCCAGCUGAGGCCAAGUCACCAGCUGAGGCCAAAUCUCCAGCUGCAGUGAAGUCCCCAGUUGAGGCCAAGUCCCCAGCUGAGGCUAAGUCCCCAGCUGAAGCUAAGUCACCAGCUGAGGCCAAAUCUCCAGCUGCAGUGAAGUCCCCAGGUGAGGCCAAGUCACCAGCUGAGGCCAAAUCUCCAGCUGCAGUGAAGUCACCAGCUGAGGCCAAGUCCCCAGGUGAGGCCAAAUCUCCAGCUGAGGCCAAGUCACCAAUUGAGGUAAAAUCUCCAGAGAAGGCCAAGACCCCCGUGAAGGAAGGUGCAAAAUCCCCAGCUGAGGCCAAGUCUCCGGAGAAGGCCAAGUCCCCUGUGAAGGAAGAGAUCAAGCCCCCAGCUGAGGUGAAAUCCCCUGAGAAGGCCAAGAGCCCCGUGAAGGAAGAAGCAAAGUCUCCUGAGAAGGCCAAGCCUCUAGAUGUGAAGUCUCCGGAAGCCAAGACCCCAGUACAGGAGGAAGCGAAGCAGCCCGCAGACAUCAGACCCCCUGAGCAGGUGAAAAGUCCUGCCAAGGAGGAAGCCAAGGCCCCUGAGAAGGAAGAAGCCAAGACGUCUGAAAAGGUGGCUCCCAAGAAGGAAGAGGUGAAGUCCCCUGUGAAGGAGGAGGUAAAAGCCAAAGAACCCCCAAAGAAGGUAGAGGAAGAGAAGACACCAGCUACACCAAAAACAGAGGCGAAGGAGAGUAAGAAAGACGAAGCUCCCAAGGAGGCCCCGAAGCCCAAGGUGGAGGAGAAGAAGGAAACUCCCACGGAAAAGCCCAAGGACUCUACAGUGGAAGCCAAGAAGGAAGAGGCUGGAGAGAAGAAGAAAGCCAUGGUCUCAGAGGAGGAGACUCCUGCCAAGACAGGCGUGAAGGAAGAAGCUAAACCCAAAGAGAAGACAGAGGCAACCAAGACGGAAGCAGAAGACACCAAGGCCAAAGAAACUAGCAAACCCGCAGAGAAGGAAAAGCCAAAGAAAGAGGAGACGCCAGCAGCCCCAGAGAAGAAAGACCCCAAGGAAGAGAAGACCACAGAGUCCAGGAAGCCUGAGGAGAAGCCCAAAGCAGAGGCCAAGGCCAAGGAGGACGACAAGGGCCUUCCCAAAGAGCCUAGCAGACCCAAGACAGAAAAGGUUGAAAAAUCCUCUAGCACAGAUCAGAAAGAUAGCCAGCCCCCAGAGAAGACCACAGAGGACAAGGCCGCCAAGGGAGAGAAGUAAGAGAGGCCAAGAGGAACACCCAGAAUAGCCAAAGAAACUCAGGACAGUCCCAGUACUCAGGGGUCGGCGUGAUAGAUUUUAUUUCUUCCUUUCCCUCUCUAAGAAGAAAUACCGCUUAGAUGGCGGGCCUGCCCUCACCAAACAGGAAUUUCUGUUAGGAUUAAGUUAGCAAGAGAAGAUAACCCUGAGCCCUGUCCCCCAACCCACGCCGAAAGCCCUCCCCAGGUGAUGGACAAUUAUGAUAGCUUACUGUAGCCGAACGUGAUGUAUGCUGAAUGCUACGCGUAAAACACGCGACUAAAAACUGCCCCCUCCUUUCCAAGUAAGUGCAUUUAUUUCCUGUAUGGCCAACUGACGGAUGACCGCAAUAAUGAAUGAGCAGUUAGAAACGCAUUAUGCUUGAAAUGUUGUAACCUAUUCCUGAAUGCCUUCUUGUUUUCCAAAGGAGUGGUCAGGCCCUUGCCCAGUACACACUCCUGGAAGAGCUGCAGCAGGUGAGGCAGGGCGCUGACCACUGAACCACGCCAGGGUGUACUCUCCACUGAAGUCCACUUUCAAUUGCUUCCGUGCAAUAAAACCAAGUGCUUCUGAAAUAAAA